AUGGAUAUUGGCGCUAAACGAGUCAAUCUCGAGAUGGACUACUACGAAAUGCUAGACCGCCCGAACGUUAAGCUUAUUAAUCUCAAAAAAACACCGCUUAAAUCAUUCUCUCGAAAUGGCGUUGUGACUGAGGGCCACGACAGUACUUUGGACCAUCACGAACUGGACGUCGUGAUUUUGGCUACGGGCUAUGACUCCGUGACGGGAAGCUUAUUGGGUAUGAAUAUCCACGAUAGGCACGGAGUGCGCCUGGAAGAGAAGUGGAAAGACGGAAUAAGCACCUACCUCGGCAUGCUAGUACCUGAAAUGCCGAAUGCGUUUCUCCUGUACGGGCCUCAAGGGCCUACAACUCAGACAAACGCCCCAUCUUUUAUCGAGUUGCAAGUUGACUGGAUAGCCAAUCUUCUUAAGAGGAUGCGAGACGAGAGUAUCGACUUUGUAUAG